AUGGAAACAGACGUAAAGGAAAAGUUGGAUAUGUUCAAAGACGCUUUCUUCCCACAACCUCCUGAAGUGGACCUGACUGACGUCCGAAACUACAAGUAUCCAAGCCCAAUGCAGCUCCCACCGAUCACGCGGCGGGAGGUGACAGAAGCAAUCCGACAUAUGCCGGGCAAAAAGACACCGGGAAAGGACACUAUCCCAAGCCACCUGCUACGCCACAUCUCACCAUACAUCGCGGAACCCCUCGCGACCUUACCAAGCGUGCCUCCGGUUACACUACUGCCCCCAACACUUCCGAGAAUCGGUCACAGUAACGCUCAGGAAACCGGGGAAAGGCGACUAUAG